GUUAAAUGAAUUAAAACACGUUUUUAUAAAUACAGAGGAAACGUCAUACUGCUAGAAAUGGACUGUCAAGAGAAGCAGGAGGUGCCCGUCUACACCGAUGUGGACACACAAACUUUUGCGAGGGACAUAUAUCCACUGCGUAGACCCGCGGUUCUGAAGCGCGUGCCCCUGGGACCCUGCGUGAACGCGUGGUCAGUGAGUUACCUCGCUCAGAAAGGGGGACACCGGGAGGUCAAAGUGCACGUGUCCCCUGAGCCUAGAAUGGACUUUCUACACAAGAACUUUGUUUACAGGACUCUGACGUUUGAUAAGUUUGUUCAAAGGGCUGCAGAAGCCAAACACUCAGAGUUCUUCAUUAGUGAGGACGAAAGCUAUUACUUACGUUCACUUGGAGAAGAUGCACGGAAGGAACCUGCAGAUUUAAGGAAGCAGUUCCCUGAGCUGGUGGAAGACUUUCAAAUCCCUCCGUUUUUUGAACCUCAACAGUUUUUCUCUAGUGUCUUUCGUAUCAGUUCACCUGGUCUACAGCUGUGGACACAUUAUGAUGUAAUGGACAACCUGCUUGCUCAGGUUACAGGACGAAAGCGUGUUGUCCUCUUUAGCCCAAAAGAUGCCCUUCAUCUCUACCUCACAGGGGAUAAGUCUGAAGUUUUGGAUAUCGACACUCCUGAUCUGCAGCGUUAUCCUGAGUUUGUAAAAGCAUGUCGUUUUGAAUGUGUCCUAGAACCUGGAGACCUUCUUUUCAUUCCAGCUCUUUGGUUUCAUAAUACCCUGGCUAUGGAGUUUGGUGUUGGUGUAAAUGUGUUCUGGAAGCAUCUGCCAACUGACAGUUAUGAUAAGAAAGAUCCAUAUGGAAACAAAGACCCGAUAGCGGCUACACGAGCUCUGCAAGCACUUGAGCGGACUUUAGGCAUCUUGGAAGAACUUCCGAGUGAUUAUCGUGAUUUCUAUGCUCGCCGCAUGGUACUGCGGAUUCAAAGCCGGGCUUACUCUAUGCAGGGAACACAAGAAAAUUUAAAUACAACGUCUUUUACACAUCAUGACUAAAAUGAAAUAAAAAAAGAGAGAAAAGG